AUUUGUAGAUAGGGUGGGGUUAUAUAAGGUGUUGGUUGUUAAGUAUGAGAAAGAAGAAGGGCCAAUGAAGAAGGGAGGGGGUCGUGGAUCAGUUUGAUGGAAGGAUUUGUGGAAUAUUAGAAAGGGGUGGAGGUGUAGAUGUUGGUUGAUUUGGUAAUAACAUUCGUAUAUUUCAGAGGUUAUAUGAUCUUGCUUUAGACGCAGAUAUCUUGAAAAAAGAAUUUUUGUUUUUUUUUUACCGUGGAAAAACAAUUUUUGUUGUGACAUUUAUACCUGAUGAUUUUCGCUUAUGUUGUGCUCGUUUUUGUUUGAGAAUUUGUUUCUUGUAUAAUAUUUUGUAAUUUUAGGCACUUUCCAUGCUUCUUUAUUUAUUUUAAUAUAUUUUGAUUUUCUUAAAAAAUUUAAAGAAAAUCGGCUCAAUAAAUUAAUCUCUAAAAAAAAAGUGAAUUUUUUUCUUUUUGCUCAAGAAAAUAAUUUUUUUUUUCUUGUAUAAUUUUUUGUAAUUUUAAGCACUUUCCAUGCUUCUUUAUUUUUUAAUAUAGUAUUUUGGUUUUCUUAAAAAAUUUAAAGAAAAUCCGCUCAAUAAAUUAAUCUCUAAAAAAAAAAGAUUUUUUUGGUUUUUCUUUUUGUUCAAGAAAAGAAAAUUGAAAAUUGAAAAAUGCUUAAAGCAUAUUCUUAGGUUUAUCUAUAAACAAUAUAUAAGGUGAAUACAGGACACACACACACACUCACUCUAUUCUAGAACAACAACAACAACAACAAUUUCUCGUUGAAAUCGAAAACACCAACAAAAACAUGGGCAGAAAAUUCUUCGUAGGCGGUAACUGGAAAUGCAAUGGAACCACUGAAGAGGUGAAAAAGAUUGUGACUACUUUGAAUGAAGCUAAAGUUCCUGGAGAAGAUGUUGUUGAAGUUGUUGUGAGCCCCCCUUAUGUGUUCCUUCCCUUCGUGAAAAGUUUACUUCGCUCUGACUUCCAUGUUGCUGCUCAAAAUGCUUGGGUUAGCAAAGGUGGUGCUUAUACCGGAGAGAUUAGUGCUGAAAUGCUUGUUAACUUGGAUAUUCCCUGGGUUAUUCUUGGUCACUCUGAAAGAAGACAGCUUCUAAAUGAAUCAAACGAGUUUGUGGGAGACAAAGUUGCCUAUGCACUUUCACUAGGGAGGAAAGUUAUUGCUUGUAUUGGGGAGACUCUUGAACAGCGUGAAUCUGGUAGCACAUUUGCUGUCGUUGCUGAGCAAACAAAGGCAAUUGCAGCUAAAGUAUCAAAUUGGGAUAAUGUUGUUUUGGCCUAUGAGCCAGUUUGGGCCAUUGGAACAGGAAAGGUUGCAACUCCUGCUCAGGCUCAAGAGGUCCAUGCUGAUUUAAGGAAAUGGGUUCACGACAACGUGAGUGCUGAAGUUGCUGCUUCUGUCAGAAUCAUCUAUGGAGGUUCUGUAAAUGGAGGAAACAGCAAAGAAUUGGCAUCACAGCCUGAUGUUGAUGGAUUUUUGGUUGGCGGUGCUUCUUUGAAGCCAGAGUUUGUUGACAUCAUCAACGCUGCCACUGUGAAGAACUGAAAUCCAUAGGUAGAAAUUGAUAUGCUGCUUUACAAGCUGCUUCGGAAAUUUCUGUUUGAGUUUUCAUUCUGUAUUUUGUGACCAAUGCUUUAAGCUUGUGUUUAGUACUAAAUAAAUAUUGUUUCCUUUUAACUCGUCCAUGGGCGAUGAAUUGGAUUUUUGUUAAGUUUCUAUGCAGAAAUAGUGUACUGCCAUAACAUUUGGUUAGUAAAUAAUUUCAAAUUGCCUGUGUUUUUUA